AUGGAUUCCCCAUUAUCUAACACAUUAGGUGCUCGUAUGAGUGCUUAUUUAGUGACAUCUAAUGAUUUUAAAAAACAAAGAAAGAGAGUUAACAGACAGUUGAAGAAUUUACGUCAUGAAUUGGGAUUGAUUAAUUCCAACACCAAGAAAUAUGAAUUUCCAAAGCUCUCCCCUGAACAAUACAACAGUAAUAAGAAAUCUGGAUUGGUUUAUUUGUUUUUAGCUGAAAGAGAUAUUUUGUACGGAUUGGAAAUUAAAAACUUGAUGGAAAUUGAUGAGAAACUGAAGAAAAACUACAAGAAUUUAAUGAUUACCAAAUUUAAACGAUCAUUGAAUCAUGCUGUUGAUUUAUUGGACUUGACUAAAGAUGAAACAAACAGUAAUAUUAGAAUUGAAUUAUUUAUAUACACCGCUUUAAUUGUUGGUCAAUUAUCAAUCAUCCAGAAAAAAUGGUCAAAAGUUCUUAACUCGUUUUCAAUUGCUAAAUGUUGUUUGGAUUAUUUGUAUGACCAAGAUCAAACAAUCAAUGAAGGGGAUGAAGAAAACCAAGAAGAGUCAUUUAGUAAAACUUUAUAUGCUGAAUUGAAUGAAACUUUGGUUGACCCUUCAUUGAAGUUAGCCAUCAAUCAGUUGGAUUUACAUUCAACCACGGACUUGAAGUCUAUUUCACGUAAAUAUUGUCACGAUGAUGAAAUUACAUUCUUGAAGCCUGCAUUGAGUUUAAUUGAUGAAAAAUAUACUACUGAUAUUUCUAGCUCAGUUGAAGUUUCUAAAGAAAUCAACUGGAGAAAUCACGAGGCUUUGAUUUACAACGAUGAGGUCAGUUUCAAAAUUUCAAACUUGAAUAACAACUUGCACUGGGAUCAAACCAAUGAUAUCAAUAAAUUCGACUCAAUUAUAACAGAAUGGUUGGAAGUUUUGAAUUUACAUAAAGUUGACACCGAAAAGAACCAAGAUGAUGAUGAUUUAGAACAAGUUCAAAACAGAGCCAUCUUGUUGACUUAUAUCAACUAUAACUUGUUGUUUACAAAAUUGAAAAGAGAUGUGUUGUUGAUUGGACAAUUGGCCAGUAUUGAUGAUAACAAAGAUGCCAUUAGAUUAUACAAUGGUGUCAUUGCCAUUGUUCAAGAAUUGAAAGAUUUGCCGGGUGUUUAUAAUGACGACGAUUUAUACUAUUCAUUAAGCAAUUUGGAAAAAUACUUUACUUAUAAGAAAUACCAAAUCAUAGCGGAAUCAUAUCAAUUCAAGUCCUUGUUUGGUGAAUCCUUGAAAAUUUACCAAUACAUUGACGAAGAAAUAUCAAUUGCUGAAGAAUUUUACAAGACCAAGUUCCCAUUUGAUAUAAGUAAUAACGAACAAAUUGGAAUUUUCAGAGCCGAUAUUAAAAAGAAGAUUUUACAAACCCAAAUCAGUGCUCAAUUUGAAUCUUCAAAGGGUACUUCGAACUAUACUUUGGAAAACAUCAAUAAAUUUCCAAAAGAUGAUUUAUCAAUUAUCAACUUUAAGAAAAUUGAACCAAUAAUGUGUAAACCGGUGUUAUUUGAUAUUGCAUUCAAUUAUAUUUCUUAUGAUUUGGAUAAAUCCAAAGAAAGAAAACCUGUUGCUCAACAGCCACAACAACCACAACAAGAAGCAACUGAAUCAUCAGAUUCUCCUUCUAAGAAACGUGGAUUAUUUGGUUUCUUUGGUCGUAGUUAA